AUGGUUGAAGAUUUGAUUGAUAAUGAUAAUUUAUGUUGUUAUUAUUCAUAUAUAUGCAAUGCUGAUUUACGUUGUAAAAAUAUCUUUAAUUUUGAAGAAGCAAAACAUGUUAUUGAAAAAACAAGGACGUUUAUUAUCGAUCUAUGCAACGUAAUCGAGUUUGCAAUUGGUAUUUUGCCGGAUGAAUAUUCCGUUUUUCGUGGUGAUCCAUUCGUGACUCAUCAGUAUCGUGAUUAUAUUAUGCUAGAUGAAACUUUAAUUAAUGGUUUUCGUGAAAGUCAAACAGAUUCAAAUGUUCAGUUCCAUAUGGAAGUUUUCUUUGUAUUUGCUAAAAUUCUUCAUGAAUUGAGUCAUGCAUUGUUAUAUCACUAUGGUCGUCUAUAUUUGACAAAUGAAAAAGAUAUAAAGAAGAAAUUUGAAACACCAAAGACACAUUGUUUACAAGGUGAAGCUGGUAAUGCAAUUGAACGUUUAUUAUUUGGAUCUGUAAUUGAUGCAUCUGGCCGAUUACGAAAGGAUAAAUACAUUAUUCAAUAUUUAAUAUUAUCAGAUGGUAGAAUAUCAGGUGUUAUUGACAAAGCUUGGAUCAGUUCAUUUGUGAAUGACGCUUUCAAUAUGCACAAAUUAAGAAAAAUUGAUUCAAUUGAACCUAUACCAUUUCAAUUUUUAACAAAAAAUUUAAAAAGAAAACUUCAAUAUAAAUCGAAAGAUUCUCAAACAAAAAGAAAAUCUUCAAAAUUCAAAAAUUUAAUUCUUGAUUGGAGUGAUGAUGACGAUACUGAAUAUGGACUGACUUCUACGUUUUUUAAAGUGUAA